AUCAGAUCUUCUUCCUCGCUCACCUCCUCCGCCUCUACAUUAAACUUAUAGCAAAGUAGCCAUACGAACUCCACACAUAUUCUCACGGAUACAAAUAGAAAAAGCUUUACUCUCACUCUCAUUCCUCGCUCUGUUUACAAAAAUGAUCAUGAAGACUACCACUCUCUUUGCUGCCGCUUUGGCUUGCCUCUCAGCCAUGACCGUCCAGGCCCACGUUGGCAUGAAGACCCCAUGCGCUCGCUACCAUCCUGCAGCUGGCUGUCCUGCUCCUCCAUCAGGCCAGUCCAUUGACUAUGACAUCAACGCCCCCAUUGGCACGUCCGAUAAUGCGGCCCGCCCUCUAUGCAAGCACACUGUCCCAUAUACCAAGCGCACCGUCUACAAUGCUGGUCAGACCAUCAACACUGCCUACUCUGUCGGCGCUCCUCAUGGAGGCGGACACUGCCAGUGGGCUCUUUCAUAUGACGAGGGCAAGACCUGGGUUGUCAUCAAGACCCUGAUCCGCGACUGUCUCCGCAACGCUGGUCCUGACUACACCGUCCCUGUGCAGAUCCCAGCCAACGCUCCUUCUGGCAAGGCUACGUUUAUGUGGUUAUGGAACAAUGCUAUCGGCAACCGUGAGUUGUACUCCAACUGUGCUGACAUUGAAAUUAAAGGUACAAAUGGUGGCAGCAUUACUGGCGUUGCUCCUCUCAUUGCCAACUAUGGUAGUUCCUCUGUCUAUCUUCCUGAAUUUGCCACUGGUGCUGAUGGUCGUGAGCACUUUGACAAGCGCAAGCCUGUGACCAUUCGUGUCUCCGGUGGCAAUGGGCCUGCUGAACCCGAGCCUGUCACUACCCGACCCCCUAAGCCCACCAUCACCACUGCCAGACCUAAGCCUACCGACUGCCCCAUUGCUGCAGCUGCUGAGACUGUGUACAAAACUGUAUACAAGACUGUCACUGUCACCGGAGCCGCUCAGCCCACUAACGCUUAAGUAACAACAAACAUCAAACAUAAUGCAUGCAACAAUGCAUGUAGCACACAACACACAACACACGACACUCGCUCACAUAUGCAGUGCAGGCGUCUUUGUAUUUAUUAUUUAAAUUUGCAUAUACAUUAGCAUAGAAUAUUUUUUAUUAUUUUAUUUUAUUGUCAUGAUUUUUUUGUAUUUUCAAAGUAGAGCAAAAGGUGACAAUCUAAUAACAAUAAUAAAGUGACUAAGAGACUGCUG